GCUUCUGUCACUCGGUCGGCCAACAACACGGCGCGCUUGCUCCGCUCAGGUCCGCUCCACCGCCUCUCGAUCCCGAUCUCGAUCCCGAUCUCGAUCUCGAUCGCUAUACCGCCAUACCGCCAUACCGCUCGUCGAACCGCCCGCUGCAGCUGUCAUUCGAAAGCGCGUCGCUCGGCGGCUCCAGACCAAACCAAACCAGUUAGCAGCACCUAACUGCUCUUGCGGAAACAAUUGCAUUGUAAACAGCCAGUUGAAGGCGAAGGAACGCGGCGAAAUGCAUCAAAUGUGGAAUCGCAACUGGAGCUGGACUCUUCUGAUUUUCUCGGCCCUGCUCCUCCUCUCGGCGGAGGUGGCCAAUUCGGAGGAAUGCGGCCAGGAGGAGUUCACCAAGUGCGCCGAACCACUUGAUAUGCUGCAUUUAACGUCGGACUUCUCGAUUGGCCCGGCCAAGAAGGAGGAACUGGAAAAACUUUGUCAUGAGCUGCGCAAGGGAGUGAGGUGCAUCCAGAGCUACACCCGCCGUUGCAUGGACCUGCAGCAGAGGAAUCAGUUCAACAAGCUGUACCACGGCACCAACCAGUUCAUCAGGGAUCUGUGCAACAAGGGCGCCUUCCAGGACGAGUACCUGAAGCACGUUCCCUGCUCCGAAAUGGCCAAAAAGGAGUUCGAGGUGUGCUCCAAUCGCUACCGGGAGACCAUGGUGUUCCUGAAGCCGAACAAAAACCAGGAAAACUCCGAGAAUGGCACCCUGAAUGAGAACAUAAAGACCAUUUGCUGCUCCAUCAACGAACUUGUGGAUUGCUCGGAGGAUGCGGCACGCAAGAUCUGCGGCAACGAGGCGGCCAAGUUCACUCGCCAACUGGUGGACAAGUAUGCCAACAGCCUGACCAAGAUCUACUGCGAGGACUUCACCCGAAAUCCGGGCAUCUGCAGGGAUGGCGAGGGCAAUGGCUCCACCCGAGCAGCUGCGACCAGUUUGGGCCUCCUUCUCACAGGGACAUUGCUCUCACUGCUGGUCAGCAGAGGCAGCAGAUAGAUGGCAGAGCCACAGCCAAGUGCACAAAUCUAGAACCAGUCUUACCAGAACGCAGAGGGAAGGAGGAGCGAAGAGAAGGAUAAAUAGUUAAGGUUUCCCACAUCACACCGAAAGAAUUCCACACGCUGUUGCAUACUUCUGGCAGUUAGUUUUGGCCACAAAAGUACCCGAGUACCCGAAUCCCCGAGAGGUCAAAGGAGUAAGCUAUGCAGUAAAGUACACGUUAAGUAUGUUAUGUAUACCAGUAUGCAUAUAUCCAUAGGGAGUAUGAGAAUAUGGGAGCGGUGUCUGCUUCAGGCAUGGCUAGGAUCGUAUAUAUAUAUGCGGAUAUGUGUGUUACUAUAUAGUGGAUAUAGGCUAGCUAGUUAGAAUCAGUGUUGAGUGUGGCAGGCAGGUUAGUUGUUGUUGGCCUUACUUUCCAGUCGUCGUCGAUCGUGCAAUACUAGAGUUUCGUUGAGUUUGUUGAAGUUGUCCAGGCUUUAAGUGUAGGCAUAUUUUAGAAAAUACCCCUAAGUUUCACAAAUCGUUGUUAGCUGAAGUUAGAGCGCGCCCCACCCACCUCUGUUUUCCGUCACACAAAAGGCAAUAUCAAAGAGUAUGGGAUCGAUUACCAUUGAUCGGAUGAUAUUUUAGAAACGCCUAUGUACCUCUUAAUCGCAGUGUAUUUGCAAAAGUCAGUUUUAGUUACUCACACACACACACACAGCACUAAGCGCACAAGGAAAUAAUUCGAGUGGAUUUGCUCACAUAUCGGCAAUAACUUUAGAUUAACGAAAAGUGCAUUUCUAUGAAUCAGGAUAUUUAAAUUAUUUAUAAACCUAUUUAGUGGAUAGCGUAUAUUUAUUUCCCACACUGUAAAUACCUUUAAAUAUAUUCAAAAUCGGAAAUACAUAUACGAAUAAAUAUUAGUUUAACUUAAAAAUACACACACACACUUACACCUACUUACAAAAACUGUGAAUAUAUAUUAUGAUUAAAGAGUAACAUUUAUUUUAAGUAAAACACACACAUGCAUAUGCAAGGAAAAACAAUAAAAAAUGAGAAAAU